CACACACACACACACACACACAGCCACUCCGCUAAGCUCAUUAAGGAUGGCAGUGAGCAUAGAUUUGACAUGAAUCGCACAGGGAGAAACUUCUCUUGCCUUGACACAUUACUUGAUGUUCACUAAUUAGGCAAAACUAACUAAGGAGCUUUUGGGGACAGAAACUGACUGCAAAGUUAUGAGAGCAUCAACCUCCCGUUUAAGUUUUUCCUCAAGGGAUCCUUUAUGGAACCGGAUGCCGGAUCAGAUAUCGGUGUCCGAGUUUCUGUCGGAGACGACGGAGGACUACAACUCACCCACGACCUCCAGCUUCACGACCCGCCUCCAGAGCUGCAGGAACACCGUCAGUGUUUUAGAGGAGGCCUUGGAUCAGGACAGGACUUCACUGCAGAAAGUUAAGAAGUCUGUCAAAUCCAUCUGCAGUUCUGGCCAAGAACACCUUCAGAAUGAGGAGACAUAUGCUCAGGCACUGGACAAGUUUGGCGGUAACUUCAUCAGCCAAGACAACCCUGACCUGGGAACGGCCUUUGUUAAGUUCUCCACGCUGACAAAGGAGCUCUCGUCCCUGCUCAAAAACCUGCUCCAGAACCUGAAUCAUAAUGUGAUCUUCACACUGGAUUCUCUGCUGAAAGGAGAUCUGAAAGGCGUAAAGGGGGACCUGAAAAAGCCAUUUGACAAAGCCUGGAAGGACUAUGAAACAAAGUUUACAAAGAUAGAAAAGGAAAAACGAGAGCACGCCAAGCAACAUGGCAUGAUCCGAACAGAGAUCACAGGUGCUGAGAUCGCAGAGGAAAUGGAGAAAGAGCGACGGCUUUUUCAGCUUCAGAUGUGUGAGUACCUGAUCAAGGUGAAUGAGAUAAAGACCAAAAAAGGUGUCGACCUCCUCCAGAACCUGAUAAAGUAUUACCAUGCACAGUGCAAUUUCUUCCAGGAUGGCUUGAAGACAGCUGAUAAGCUCAAGCAGUACAUUGAGAAGCUAGCUGCUGAUCUUUACAACAUAAAGCAAACUCAGGAUGAGGAGAAAAAGCAGCUGACAGCUCUUAGGGAUCUUAUCAAGUCCUCCUUGCAGUUAGAGCAAAAGGAGGACUCGCAGAGCAAGCAGGGAGGCUACAGCAUGCACCAACUGCAGGGUAACAAAGAAUUUGGCAGUGAGAAGAAAGGAUAUCUGCUGAAAAAGAGUGAUGGGCUGAGAAAGGUAUGGCAAAGAAGAAAGUGCUCAGUGAAAGGAGGAAUUCUCACCAUCUCUCAUGCCACGUCGAACAGGCAGCCGGUCAAACUGAACCUACUCACAUGCCAGGUCAAGCCGAGCACUGAAGAUCGCAAGUGUUUUGAUCUCAUUUCCCAUAAUCGGACAUAUCACUUUCAGGCUGAAGACGAACAGGAGUUUGUAAUCUGGACCUCAGUGUUAACGAACAGUAAAGAAGAGGCGUUGAACAUGGCGUUCCGAGGAGAGCAGUCAGCAGGAGAAGACGGCCUGGAGGAUCUAACUAAAGCCAUCAUUGACGAAGUCCUGCGCAUACCUGGCAAUGAGGUUUGCUGCGACUGUGGUGCUGCAGAUCCAAAAUGGUUGUCGACUAACCUGGGCAUCCUGACGUGUAUCGAGUGUUCAGGCAUUCACAGGGAGAUGGGUGUGCACAUCUCUCGCAUUCAGUCCAUGGAACUGGACAAACUGGGAACCUCCGAACUCUUGCUGGCCAAGAAUGUUGGAAACAGUAAUUUUAAUGAGAUUGUGGAAGGAAAUCUUCCCUGUCCCUCCCCAAAGCCUACUCCAUCUAGUGAUAUGACAAUCCGCAAGGAGUUUAUAACCGCCAAAUAUGUGGACCAUAAAUUUGCGAGGAGGACUUGCAACUCAGCCGUGGUGAAGCUGAGCAAUCUGUAUGAUGCAGUGAGGUCACGUGACCUGCUGGCUCUCAUCCAAGUGUCUGCUGAAGGGGUGGAGCUUAUGGAGCCACUUCCUGAUGGAGGACAGGAGGGUGGAGAGACAGCGCUGCACUAUGCCGUGAGGACUGCCGACCACACGUCACUGCACCUGGUCGACUUUCUGGUUCAGAACAGUGGACAUCUGGAUAAACAGACUGAGAGAGGAAACACAGCCCUGCACUACUGCUGCAUCUAUGAAAAACACGAAUGCCUAAAAUUACUCCUAAGAGGCAAACCUGCUACUGACAUCAUCAAUCAUAAUGGAGAAACAGCACUGGAUGUUGCCAGGCGGAUGAGGAUUGACCAGUCUGCAGAGGCAUUAAUGCAAGCUGCAGAGGGCAAGUUUAAUCCAAAGGUUCAUGUUGAGUAUGACUGGAAUCUUAGACUGGAGGAAAUGGAUGAGAGCGAUGAUGAUCUUGAUGACAAGCCAAGCCCUAUUAAGAAAGACCGGAGACCACAAAGUUUCUGUCACUCAUCCAGCCUGUCUCCUCAUGAUAAGCUCUCCCUCCCAGCUUUCCCUGUCCAGCGUGAUAAACCGCGCCUCUCCUACGGCAUGUUUACCAAUCAGAUGUACAGCGUUUCCACUGACUGUCCCUCUUCCCCUGUCAGUGAUGCACCACCUCUACCACCCAGGAAUGCAGGAAAAGCCCUACCAUCGUCAUCCUCCCCUCUCUCCCCUGGCUCCCAGCUCCCUGCUAACAGCAGCUCCACGCUAUCCAAGAAGAGACCCCCUCCCCCUCCCCCUGGCCACAAACGCACGCUGUCAGACCCCCCUACCCCACUCUCACACUCACUUGUGUGUAAAGGAAGCGACUCCACACCACCUCCAAUCAAUAAAAUGUCUCCCAUAACAAACCGAUUUGAAGGCAUACUACAACAACAGAGCACAGCGUCGAGUACCACUAAAGCUACGCUUGGCCCAAGGGUCCUUCCCACACUACCUCAGAAGUUUGUCCUGCGUAAGACCGAAACGAUUCACCACCCAUCAGUGGACAAACCCAGCCAGCCUCCAGAGCCAGUGCAGUUCCAGAAGUCUCCUCCAGGGUCAGACACACCACAGAAAGUCCCUUUACCUGAUAAACCCCAUCCAGGGGACCUCCAUCCUAAACCCCAGAUCACAGAAUUACCACCUAAACCGGGAGAACUACCCCCAAAACCACAGUUCUUUGACCUGCCCCCCAAACCUCAACUGGGAGACCUCCCACCCAAACCUCACCUCAAAGACCUCCCACCCAAACCACUACUUUCUGACCUCUCAAACCCCAAACAUGGACUCCCUGAACCUAUGCACAAGCCCCCUCCUGGAGAGGUGGCUCACAAACCCGAGCCCUAUGACACGCCAGUGACUAAUCAACAAGCUGAACCAUUACCUCAGCUCACCCACUCCACCGAAGAUACCAACGGGAGCCUGGCGUCCGGCCCAGAAACUCCAAUACCGCUUCCAAGGAAAUUCAGUACAGGUAAGAUUAAACUGCGGCGAGUGAAGACCAUCUACGACUGUCAGGCAGAUAACGAUGACGAGCUCACAUUUGUAGAGGGCGAGGUCAUUGUGGUAACAGGGGAGGAGGAUCAAGAGUGGUGGAUUGGACAUAUAGAAGGACAGCCGGAGAGAAAGGGUGUUUUCCCCAUGUCCUUUGUGCAUAUCCUGUCUGACUGACGCCCACCGUGAUCAUCUCAACUAAAGAGAAACCUGUAAAUAGCUGUUGGAACCUCCACUGACUUUCAAAACAAGAAAAUAAGCACCACAAAAAGAUGCAAAAAUUGAAACCUCUUAUUAACGUCCUCCCCACCACAGAGGUGCGAUGUGAAUGAUGAGUAUCUAGCUUCCCAGUGUUUCCAUUCCUGUUCAGCACAGCUGAAGCUGCACCCAGCAUUUAACCACAUCCUUCACUUCAGCUGUUUCUCAGUGCUUUUGUAUAUAAUAACUGUACAUAGUGUUGUUGGCUGCACACAAUAUACACAGGAGUUAGUGUUGUGUGUAAAUAUGCAAACCUGUGUUAGAGUGGCAAGAAAGUAAACUGUGUAUACUUGUGUUCUGCCUGCCAGCUGUCCAUACCAGGGCCAGUACUGUACAGACAGUGAAGUGUAAAUGCAAAUUGAUGAUUGUUGGUAUUGUAUCUCAAAUGGCACACUCACAGUAAGGGGCUGAAGUGACCACUUGCUUGUUUAUCUCCACAUCUCUUAACAUACCACUAUAGCACAUCCAGUGAUGUCAGAUUAUUCCCUCUUGUUUUGCUUGUGAUAUAAGGGAACCUGUUAGAUCAUGUGUGGCCUGGUUCUCUGUUAGCAACCACAUCUAGUGAUCUAGAGCUAGCCAUUCUUCUUUAAGUGACUUUUUUUAAAUGGGACUCAUUGACAUGCUUCUGUCCUGUAACUUUCGCAUCAUGUUUAUGAACGCACGUUGAAGGUAGUAAGGUGGCUGAUACUUGAAGCAUUCCAUGCACAAAAUUUUUGGUUGAUUUCAAAGUGAUGUACUGAAGAAUUUUAAUGUUUUUGUGGCUGUAGCCAUGCAAGAUCAUGCAGCACCAUCAUCAAAGAUAGCUGUGAGCAAUUUAUCAUGCCGGACUGUGAAGGCAGGGAGAUGUUAGUGGGACACUCAGGUUAUUGCAAAGGAAACAAUAGCAUAAGCCUAGAGCAAAACUACUUGCUGUGCAUCAAGCUCUAUUUAACAUGACAAAUUUGUCACUGUUCAUAUGUAAUCAGUUGUAAGAGACUAAAUAAAAUGCCCUUUUAGAUGGAAGGUUUAAGGCCA